AUACCAGUCUUCCAAAAUAAAAGGCUUCCGCAUGACUAGGCUAUAAUCCCCACAUCGUGGUGAUUCUGAGAAGGGCGUGUGGAAGCAGCUGAGGAUGCUGGGAUAUUUUUAGGGCGAUGAUGAAGAAGAUGGGGGGCGGGGUUUGACGUCAUCGGCAUUUAUUUAUUUAUUUUAGCUCCGCAGUGCUGCUGUUUGACCCGACGACCUGCUGGAAGCUGCGGGAAGGAACGUUACUUUUACUCUUCCUCCUCUCCCUCCCCUCCUCUUCCUCCCUCCCUCUCUUUGUCUCCAUGCCGGCGUCUCUCCCGCACCGACACAAACACCGGGCCUUCCUGUAGCCGCCGCCCCGGCCUCCCUCUCCCGCCGGCCGUCGGAGCCUCCCAGCUGAGUCCCGCCGAGGUGGCCUGGUUCCCGCGAGAGAUGCUGUAGAGCAGCCGGCAGAGGAGAUGCUUCUCCCGGACUGAAGAGAGCAGGAACCCGCGGAGGGAAAGCAGGAAGAUGUCCGGCAGGAAGCCUCUGACCCCGGUCAGCGAGUCCGAGCAGGUGCCGACAAAGUCUUCAGAGGGUCUCCCUGAGCCGCCGGCCCCGCCCACUAAAUCAUCAAGCUAUCACAGUCUGCCGCCAUGUCGCAGCUCCAUGACCUCCAUCGCAGACGAACAGCUGCACGUCGGCAACUACCGACUGCUGAAGACCAUUGGCAAGGGCAACUUUGCCAAGGUCAAACUGGCCAGACACACGCUGACCGGCCGAGAGGUUGCCAUCAAGAUCAUCGACAAAACUCAGCUGAACCCCACCAGUCUGCAGAAGCUCUUCAGGGAGGUCAGCGUGAUGAAGACCCUCAACCACCCAAACAUCGUCAAGCUGUUUGAGGUGAUAGAGACGGAGAAGACUCUGUACCUGGUGAUGGAGUACGCCAGCGGAGGUGAGGUUUUUGACUACCUGGUUGCUCAUGGACGAAUGAAAGAGAAGGAGGCCAGAGCCAAGUUUCGCCAGAUCGUCUCAGCAGUGGAGUACUGUCACCAGAAGAGGAUUGUACACCGAGACCUCAAGGCUGAGAACCUCCUGCUCGACGCCGACAUGAACAUUAAAAUUGCAGACUUCGGCUUCAGCAACGAGUUCACGCUGGGCUCUAAGUUGGACACGUUCUGCGGCUCUCCUCCUUACGCUGCUCCUGAACUCUUCCAGGGGAAGAAGUACGACGGGCCGGAGGUGGACGUCUGGAGUCUGGGAGUGAUCCUCUACACACUGGUCAGCGGCUCGCUGCCCUUUGAUGGACAGAACCUGAAGGAGCUGAGGGAGCGCGUUCUCAGAGGAAAGUACCGGAUCCCCUUCUACAUGUCGACCGACUGUGAAAACCUGCUGAAGAAGCUGCUGGUGCUGAACCCGGGGAAACGAGGCAGCCUGCAGCAAAUCAUGAAGGAAAAAUGGAUGAGCAUCGGCUACGACGCCGAGGAGCUGAAGCCGUUCUCUGAACCAGAACAAGACUUCAGUGACCUCAAACGCAUCGAGCUGAUGGAGACAAUGGGCUUCUCUCAGGAGGAAGUGAAGGCGGCGCUGGACGGUCAGAAAUACAAUGAGGUGACGGCAACAUACCUGCUGCUGGGGAGGAAACCUGCAGAGUUUGAAGGCAGUGAGUCUUUGUCCAGCAGUAACCUGCUUCAAAGGUUACGACCCUGCAGCGACCUCAACGGCUCCACUCAAUCCCCCGCACAUACUCGCAAUGUAUCUGCCAAUCAGAAGCAGCGGCGUUUCAGUGACCACGUGGCGCCCUCUAUCCCCCUGCCCGUCUCCCACACCAAGCGUUGCCAUGCCAACAGUGUCGAGAGUGACAGGAAAGAGUCACCGUCCUUGCCUGGGGGAGCUCCGGACCGCAGGAAGUCAGCUACAGCCUCAGGGAGCAUGACUCGGAGGAACACGUAUGUUUACGAGAGGAUGAGCACUGAUCGCCAUUCGGCUGCUAUUCCCAACGGGAAGGACAGCAGUCUGCCUGAGGUACCUGCAGCAUCCCCUUUCCCAUCACCAGGGGCAACCAUCUCCUCCACACGCCCCCGUCACGUCAAGUCCAUGUCGGCGUCGGGACAUCCCAUGAAGUCCAGCCUGCCUCCCAUCGACGACAACGCGGAGUAUCAGAGCUCCCCCCACCAGCCCCCGUCUUCACCGUCAGCCUUCAGCGUCACCAGCAGCACCCCCCCCCGGAGCUCCUCCAGUCGCUCCACCUUCCACGGCUCUCAGCUUCGAGAGCGAAAACCGGCCACCUACAACGGCCCUCCAGUCUCGCCCAGCCUGUCGCCGCACGCUGCCGCCGCCCUGGCUGUACCACACCGCGGAGCCUCCACCUCCCUCAUCGGCAAGAUCACCUCCAAGUUUGCACGCAGGAGUUUGCCUGGUGAGCCCAAAGAGGAGGGCCGGGACUCCAAGCCCCGCUCCCUGCGCUUCACCUGGAGCAUGAAGACCACGUCCUCCAUGGAGCCGGGGGACAUGAUGAAGGAGAUCCGCAGGGUUCUGGACGCCAACAACUGUGACUAUGAGCAGCGCGAGCGCUACUUGCUAUUCUGCGUGCACGGUGACGCCCGGCAGGACGGUCUGGUCCAGUGGGAGAUAGAGGUGUGCAAACUGCCCCGCCUCUCGCUCAAUGGCGUGCGAUUUAAAAGGAUCUCCGGCACGUCCAUCGCCUUCAAAAACAUCGCCUCCAAAGUGGCCAACGAGCUCAGGCUGUGAACAACGAGACACU